AUGGACGUCAGUGCCGAUGUUAUACCAUCGCAACACUUUGCCAUGUGCCUUGGAGUAUCAUCUGCUGGGGCGCCGAUGAUGGCCUUGCAGGCCAUGGGUGGGCGUAUGGGGGCCCACAGGCCCGGUGUAGCAUGCAUGUGCUAUUCUGGUGAAGGCAGCGAGUUUAUAUCGUCUGGGUCGGUGAUCUCGUGGUGCCACUCACUGAAAACACAACCACGGAUCCCAUCGCUGGCUUGGGUUGAACACUUGGAUCAAUCGGAGCAAGAGGAACACACUAAAAAACCAACGAGCAAACAUCGCAUUAGCACAUACCUUCAACAUACAUCAUCAAUGGGGAAGCAACAGACAAAAUGA